AUGGCAUCACACGAAACACCCCGGAAUCCAGCACCCGUGAUCAUUGAUCUCGCUUGCGACUCGGAUGAAGAGGAGGACACCUGCGUACCCCUCGAAGAUGCUGUUCUUUUACAGCCAGCGAUCAAAGUCGAACCGAUGGGAAACAUGCCCAAUCCCGGUCUCACUGAAUUCAGAGAGCACUGCCAGAACCUCAAACCUGAGCUGCCUCACAAAGAGCCUCCCAGUCCUGCACUGUCUACAACUAUUCCCUCCAGCAAUUCGGCUGAGCUUGGUACAGAUCAGAGCGGCCUUCAGGCCACAGACGAUGAUUCUGAUAAGCUUGGAAUUGCCUCUGAUGCGUCUGGCCUCUUUGGCUCGACCGCUGCAUUCACACCCUCCAACGAUGAUCUGCAAUCCAUUCCUACAGUUAUUGCAGCGCAAGCUCACUCAGAUUCCAUCUGCAACGCGACGAGCCAUGUCGAUGAGUCUCUUGCAGAUCGCCAGGCCGACAACAUCUUCGGCACGAGCCUCUUUCAAACUCACUGCCACGAAAAUUUUGAGGCACAAGACAGCACCUGCCCUCACCAAAGUACUGAACUUCCUGAACUUCCAAACAUAGAGCUACCGGGCGAUGGCGAUGGCGAUGGCAUUGACGAUCUCACUCCCGAAGAAGCUAUUAAAUUGUACAACAUGAACAAGUCUUCCUUUGAUGAUGGAAAUGACGACCGGGGGAGUGAAACACAUCAGAACAGCUCUCACGUCGCCCAAGCUCAGAUCGCGAUAGAUGAAGACGCUGAUCUCGUCCUAGAACGGGCUAUCACGUUGUACAACCUUCAGAAUUCUGACUCUCACGACUCUCACAACAAUGACAAGGACAGUGGACCCCACAAGAACAGCUCCUACGCCACCCAAGCAAACACUGCGGUGAGUGAGGACGCUGACAUGAUCGACUGGGUCACGGCACUCGAUGAAGACACAGGAAUAAAAAGUGAUCGAGCAGCCGCCAAGUUCGCACGUUUCAAAGAAAAGCAUGACAAGAUGGUAGCCAAAGGCACAGCCACCAACGAGGACUCUGUGCGGUUCAUUAUGAGAGAGAUAGCGGAGAAGAAGCGACUGAACGACUUGGAGCGAAGCCAGCGCCGAAAUGAAGAUCAGAUCCCGCAGAAAGGACCCGUUUCUGCUUACCAAGAUGAGGAUUCGCUAUUCAUUCCAGAGACACCGGAUCGCCUAGAGUCGUCCAAGAAGAAGACAAGAGCGCCCGCAAAGCCACGAAACCGAGUGAAUGCUCAGGAAACCCGCGAGGCAAUGGCAGUGGGCAAUAAUCCUUCUCAGGCAAGAAAGCGGCGCGCUCCAGCAUCUAGUAGCGAGGCACCACCCAGGAAAAAGAGAGUCACAAAGGAUGGUCCAUCCAAACCGGCCAAGAAGCGAACUAAGCAACCAAUUCUCAGCAAUUUGAGCAGCCUCGGAAGAUCAAACAUCAUCCAAGAAGCCCAGGCGAAUGCUGAUAAACCGGACAUGCCAACCUUCUGUUCCAAGAACAAAACUACAGCCCUCCAAGAGCUUAUCGCAAGUAUACCCUCGGCUGAGAAUGGAGCUCAUGCUUCUGACAGGGCCGCGGUGCGGGACGCAACCAAGAAAUUCAAAGGCCGUGGUGCCGUCAGGUCUGAUGGUCAGGGUGCUUGGAAACUGAGAGGUAUGAGAUCAUCUCUCUAUCACCACCAGCUUCUUGGUGCUGCUUUCUUACGGGACCGCGAGAAUGGUGGUCAGAGGCCGUUCGGCGGGAUGGUCUGUGACGAAAUGGGGUUUGGAAAGACCAUUCAAAUGAUUGCCAAUAUACUCGACGGGAAGGCCGAAGCCAAUGAUCCCGUCAAAACAACUCUUAUUGUUGCGCCGGCCUGUCUCUUAAAUCAAUGGAUGCUGGAGCUUGAGAAGCAUGUCGAACCUGGGAACAUCGCCCGAAUCAUACGCUACCAUUCGGGUGCUCGUCUUCACAGCAAUGACCUCGUGGCAGACUUAAAGCAAUAUGACAUCAUUCUCACGACGUAUCACGAAGUGCAGAGGAGCUACCCAGCUUGUGAACCUCCCAAGCAUUUGGUCUCCGAAGAAGGGAAGAAUGCUUGGUGGCAAAAAUUCUACAUGGAAAAUGUCGGGCCGAUACAUCGCAUUAAAUACCUCCGCAUUGUCUUGGAUGAAGCGCAUCAAAUUAAGAACUACCUUUCCAAGACAUCCAUGGCGGUACGUGCUCUGACUGGAACAUUCAGAUGGGCAAUCACUGGAACGCCAAUUUUGAAUUAUAUUGAGGAACUAUUCCCAUAUUUCUCAUUCCUGAAAGUUCCCCAUACUGGUGAUUACACUACAUUUCGCCAUAACUAUUGCCAAAACCGCUCGGGCAGAGAACCAGUGAAUAUGAGCAGAAUUCACAACAUCUUACGAGCGAUCAUGUUAAGGCGUACCCACGUUGACACCAUAUUCAAUGCCCCCAUUGUCAAGCUGCCUGGUAUCUCUCACAUAACAUACCAGGUAGAGUUUAAUGAGGUGGAGAGAGCGAUUUACAACACCGUGAAGCGAAAAUUCUCGCAGGAUAUCAACAGGAUGUCUAGGUCUGGCGGACUCAAUGGCGGGUACAGCAAUAUCCUAGCCAUGAUUCACCACCUAAGAAGGCUAUGCAACCAUGUCCUCCUCUGUCAGAAGUUAUUGAAGCAAACAUUGACUGCUGCAGACGUGGAAGUCUUGUGGCGGUUGACAGCUAAGGAGGUGGAGCCUCACCCUGAAGAUGGUCAGGGCACCAUCAUCUCCGUCCUCCGAAAGAUGAUUCAAUCUAAAUCCAACAUUAUCGCAACAUGUCAGUCCACCGAAACAGAUGUGGCCGGUCCUGAAGCUCUGGGUCGUGAUCGGCAGGAAGUGCUUGACAGAGGCGGUGAUUUUGGUAUCUACUUCAAAUUUCGAAGAUUUCUGAAAGAACUCACUCAGGGACAGGCCUGGACUGAGCUGCACCUCAGAUCAAUUUGCAGCAAAUGCAAACUGCCACCCGAUGAGCCAUUCUGCACCUCUUGUCUCCAUGUCUAUUGCAAGGAAUGCCUUAGUACAAUGGAGUUUGAGCGCGUAAUGAAAAAGGAGAAUAAGGUCUCUUGUAUUGAAUGCGGAGCCAAUUUUGAGUCCACUUCGCCAUGCACCGGACUGCAGGAGCUUGGCUUCAACAGCGAAGACGUUGCCAAAAGAGUCCAAAAUGCCAAGGACAAACCGAACAGUGGCAGUUCUCGAAAUGAAAGGGCUUCCGUCAGUUCUGAAGAUGGAAACGACGACGAUAGAGAUUGGAUUGAGCUGGGAGGUGUAACGCUCUCUUCUGCCAAGCUGAGGGCAACAAAAGCCGCUGUUUUGAAUUGGCGCAAAGACUCCCCAAAUGAGAAGAUCCUCAUCUACACACAAUUUUUGGAUACAGUUCGCCUCUUGGAAAAGGUUUUCAAAGCAGAAGGAUGGGCUCAUGUUCAGUUCACAGGCAAAACGUCUCUCAGCGCACGCGAGAAAGCAAUCAACCAGUUCACUUACGACAAGGACACAUCCAUCAUGAUCCUCAGUCUUAAAGCCGGUGGUGUUGGUCUUAAUUUCAACAUGGCUUCUAAAGUUGUCAUCCUCGAUCUUUGGUUUAAUUCGUCCAUCGAAGCACAGGCGUACUGUCGCGCAUUUCGCAUUGGGCAAAAACGAAAAGUUGAGGUCUUCCGCUUCGUCGUCAAAGAUACCAUUGACGAGGAAUUGAUAGCAAUGCAGGAUCGCAAGGACGUCGAGGUCACGGGUGCGAUUGGCCCAGAGACACACGGCGGCCGUGCUACAAUUGCACAGCUGCUUGGGCUUUUUGGCGAGGUCGUCGAGGAGGGCCAAAAUGGAUUCAUCCUUAUGGAGGAUGAAGAUCAAGUCGAUGACGCCAAUGUCGACAUGGUCAAUCUGCUACCUCCACGGCCUUUCUAG